UCUCCUUUCUCCCCGUGACAGCCCGAUCGAUACCCGGAAGCACGAUCGGUUCUGAGACGUAAGUAACUACGUGACGGUGAAUGAAGGUUUCUGUCAUUUUCUCUUUCCUUCUCGGCCACAGCAGUUAAUGACACACUGUCAGGCUUGUGUGUUUCAUGUUGAGUGCAACGAGCAGCUGGUACCUGCAGAGGAUGAGACAAUGCACUGCUUGGCUCUUACUUGCAUCAUGUUACUGCUCAACUCUGUUCUGGCGACACUUCCUGCUCCACGCAACACCUCCGUGGUCUCUGUUAAUUUCCACAACAUCCUGCGUUGGGAUCCUGGACCUGGUACUCCACCAGGUACAGAGUACAUCAUUUCCAGAAGGUUAUAUGGAAAAAAACGCAAUGUGCAAGUGAAUGUAACAACAUCGACAUCAAUACAGCUGAAGCUGCACUCCAACUUGAAGUAUCUCCUGACUGUCCAGGCGUCCUUCAACCAAAGCCGCUCUCUGGGGUCCAGUUCAGUUUUCUGCCCUUAUGAAGACACCAAAAUAGGUCCUCCAGUCGUCUCACUGGCUGGAUGUGGUGACUGCAUCGAAAUCAACAUUUCCCUGCCGCAGGCUGACAGGAGCUCAGGAAUCAACGACAUCCAUCAAUUUUACGGUGCCCAAUUCAGAAUCUUGUGCAGAGGAAAAGAGACAUUGGUGGACUAUUUAACAAAAAAGAUGAAUAAUAUUAUUCCGAACUUGUACGCCGGUGUGGAGUACUGUGUUCAGGUGGACACAAAGAUCACCGUGAACAAAAACACAGAGCCAUCUGCUUGGAAAUGCAUUUACACCAGCAUUGUUGAGCCACAUAGAGAACCUGUUGUUUUAGGUGCAGGUGCUGCUCUUCUGAUUUUAGUGCUGGGUGUCCUGAUUGCCCUCAUCUUUUGCCUCCACUACACUGGGUUCCUCUGCACACUGAAAACUCUGCCCAGAGCAAUUAUAAUUGUCAGCAAAGGUUACAUCCUUUCACCAGAUGGGACAACACCAGAUCCAAUCUCUAUAAGCUCAGAGAUGGUGAAACAGAGGAGUCAAAACAAUCCCACAAUUCUACACACUGCACCUGAGGAUGAAGAGGAGGAGGAGGAGGAGGUGGAAGAGGAGGGGGGAGAAGAAGAGAUCAUUGACUACAUGGACAGAGAUGCACAGCUUUCAUUAGGUCAAAGCUUGUGCUGGAGUUCAAGUACUGUAACAGAAAAGAGUGAACCUGCUGCAUCAGGAGACAGUGGCAGUUUAAGAGAGAGACUAAUAGCUGUGGAGGCUGAGUUUGAUGGUGGGGUCACACAUGGGGGUCAGGAGGAAGAUGAGGCCUCGGCUUUCCUGCCUAGGGAAACCCAGACAGAAGUCCAGGUUGGAGAGGAAGAGCAGGAGGAGAAGAGGCAGAAUGACAAUAUGUUUGACAGCGCCAGCAAUGUCAACCUGUUCUCAGUCACCAUUGCUGCUCUCAGUGUAGGCGAGGAAGAUGAGCAGAAUAAAAGAGAGCUUGUAAAACAAACUGAGACUCAAAAACAGGCUUUGAGCAACACAGACUCACAAACUGAUACAGCGGCAAGUGUGCAAAGCUCAAAUGAAGACUGUACAAAGAGUUGGUAUGAAAACAAUGACACAGACAUUAAAACAUCUAAUACUGAACAUGAACCGGCAGAUGAAGUCGAGGAGGAUCAUGAAGAUGAUGAGGACGAUGAAGAGGAUGAAGAUAUUGAAUUCUCCGGAUACAUGGCCCACACAUGAUUCAGAAUGUGGCUCCGGUUCAUGUUCUGUACGUGCCUGCGAUAUUUGGGAUCGGUAUCUUUAUGGGGAAUUAGGGCUGGGCAAUAUAUUGACAUGAGACAAAAUAUGGUCUUAAAUGUUGGAUAUCAUCAUAUUGUGAUGUGUAUCUGUGAUGACUUUUCCUGAUUUUAAAGGGUGCAUUGAUAAUCAUCUUUUUCAUAAAAUGUAUUAAAUACAUUUGUGAAAUUCACUAAAUAUGAUCAAUUACACACUCUAAAUUGACCGUAGGAGUGAGUGUGAGAGUGAAUGGUUGUGUGUGGCCCUGCGAUGGACUGGCGAACUGUC